AUGGCGGAGGCCGCGAGACCCCCGCGCAGGGAGCGCCCCAAGCCCGGCAGGGGCAAGGCCAAGGAAAAAAAGAAAAAAUGCAGUGAAGAGCUGCAGAAGCAGGACUUGGACAAGGUCUUCCUCCCCAACAAAGCUAGAGAUCAAGAGGUGACUUCCCAAGCUAGCGAGGUGCAGGUGGAACAUCCUGAAGUGUUUACAGAGAUUCGUCUCAGUGAUGAAGGAGAGGAUGGAAAAAAUGUGAAUGAUAUGUAUGAUAUCCCCUUGACUUCUUUAACCUUAGCAGAUGAAGGAUCCCGAUCAGCUACCCUAGAACCUCUAACACAAGGAGAAGAAUUCAGAGCUAGUCUCUUGCAUGAGAAAUGCCGGGAGAGGUCUGAAGAAGAUGGUAGAAAUAAAUCGGACAAACCCCAGAGCCUUAUGGAAGCACUUGCUAAUCAAUCAGAAAACUCUGGCAUAGCAGAAAGUACCUUUAAAUGCAGUGCUGCUUGCACUCAGUCACUAAUGGGAAUUGUACGGGACAGAGGAACCGAGAAGGUACAAGAGGCUACAAAUCCUGCUCUUUCUUUGGAGGCACAACCUGUGCUGUCACAGCUCUCUAAUGAAGCCAAAGAGCGUGCUCAACCUUCUGGGUUGAAAACUUUGUAUCCCGAUUUAUCGGCUGAAUUGUCCCGAGAGAGACUGACCACACUCGCGGUAAAACCACUGUUAUGUAACGAGAGGCUGUAUCCAGAGAUUCCCUCUGAGCCAGAACUAGUGCCAUUUACCAAAGAGCAGCUGAAAAUCUUUGAGCCGUGUUCGUGGCUGGAGAAUGUUGAUUCCUACAUGGAGGAGUUUGAGCACAUUGCUCAUCAGGAUAGACAUGAGUUUCAUGAAUUGCUCCUGAACUAUUGGCGCUGUAGGAAGCAGCUCUUGCUGGCUGAGGCAGAGCUACAGGCCAUGACAUCAGAUUGCCAAAGUGCCAAGGACAGGUUGUGGACUUUUAAGGAGGAACAGCAGUCUGUCAAGGGUAUCUGUGCAGAUCAGUGCCAAGUGUCUGACUACCAUCGCUACCAGACAGUAGAGAUGAAUGAAAGUGUGUUGGGGGAACUAAAGAGGUUGUUUGAAGCCAAAACGGAGCACGUGCAUCAGACGUCGGUGCUGCACUCGUAUACUUCAAUGUUGUCCCGCUUGCAGGUGGAGUCUUAUAUCUAUGGAUUGCUUAAUAGCUCAUCCCUGCUGAGAUCUGUGGCUGUUCAACAACAAGAGCAAGCUGCUGAGCAGUCAGGAAACCUUUCCUCGGACUUGGGUCACCUGAAAGAAUGUGUCAGCAUUCUUUUCGGUUUCACGCGCAGAGUUAUCGAAGAUCCUCAGUUCCAGAGUGACCUCCUCCUUUGGCUGCAAAGGCUGGUGUCAGUCUUGCAAAGAGUUGGCUGUCCAGGGGACCACCUCUUCCUCUUAAACCACAUCCUCCGUUGCCCAGCAGGUGUCAGUGGAUGGGCUGCUUCGUUCAUACAGAUCAAAGUCUUGGAUAACCCAUCAGGAGUCUUUCAUUUUAUGCAGUCUCUUGCCUUGCUUAUGUCUCCUGUCAAAAAUCGAGCAGACUUCAUGUGCCACAUGACACCAAGUGAAAGAAAAUCCUCCACCUCCUCUGGGAAAGAAUCUGGGAAUUGGACAUUAGUAGAUGAGGGAGGAGAAGAGGAUGAAGAUCCCGAAACUAGCUGGAUUCUCCUUUUGGAAGAUGACUUGGUUGUCCUCCUGUCACAGUUUCCAUUUCAUGAACUGUUUCAGCAUUUUCUUGGGUUUAACUCUAAAGGUGUUUAUUUCCCUGAAAAAACAACCCCUCAGGAGAUGAUGAAGAUUUUUGCCUUUGCGAACUCCUUAGUGGAGCUGCUAGCUGUGGGGCUGGAAACAUUUAAUAGAGCACGCUACAGGCAGUUUGUGAAACGAAUUGGUCAUCUGAUCAGGAUGACAGUUUGUUACGUGAGUGACCAUUGGGCCCAGUAUGUUAGCUGCAAUAAAGAGUAUGGAGUAAUGCACCCCUAUUCUGUGGAGAAACUGCAAGUGGAAUUCGAUGAACUGUUUCUUCGGGCUGUUCUACAUGUGCUGAAGGCAAAAAGGCUGGGUGUCUGGCAGUUCAUGUCUGAGAUGCCUUAUGGAACGUUAUCGAGUGGCAUGCUUUGGAAGCUCUUCUUCAUCAUGCAUUGUGCAGAAAAUGAGCACCUGGAAAAUCUCUGCUCCACGGUGCAGCCUGCCGACUGCAAGCACAAACUCAGAGACCCAGAACACAUUGAAAACUUUGAGAAGAAUCUUGCGUCCAUGAACUGCUCGGAAGAAGUUUGUCUGCUCACCACAUUUGCUCAGAUGGCACAAGCCAAGCGGGCUGAUGCGGAUGAGGACUUCAUCAGAGUCAUUGUACUGGAGAUAUAUGAGGUAUCUUAUGUCAGCAUUUCCACAAGAGAGACAUUUUCAAAGGUUGGCAGAGAACUCUUGGGAGCAAUCACAGGUGUCCAUACUGGGGUCAUUUCUGUGCUCCUGGAUCGAGUUAGAGACACCAUUGAAAAAGUCGGGAUGGUUUCCUUAUACUUGUUUAAAGAGCUGCCAUUGUAUCUUUGGAAGCCCUCUUCCUCGGAGAUAGCGUUGAUCCGUGACUGGCUAUUGAAUUAUAAUCUGAGCACGGUGGAGAAUAAACUAGCCUGCAUUAUCCUGGAAGGGCUAAACUGGGGAUUUGGUGAGCAUGAUACUACUCUUCACCUCGAUCCAGCUGUCCAUGCUGAAGUUGCAUUAAUGGUCCUAGAAGCGUACCAGAAAUACCUCCCUCAAAAACCGUAUGGUGGACUGCUUUCUGAAAGCAUAAAACAGGUCUCCUACUUGGCUAGUGUUGUUCGUUAUGGAGAGACACCCGAGACCUCCUUUAAUCAGUGGGCGUGGGGCUUGAUUUUGAGGUUAAAACUGCACAGAAAUGAUCAUGGUGUGCAGCAGCGUUGGCCUGCAGUUCCUGCUUUCAGCACUAUGCUUGACAUGACCGAAUCAGUCAUGCUUCAUCCACUACUGAAGGCUGUCAAAUCCGGCAUCCCUAUUGGCUGUUACCUUGCAUUGGCAAUGACUACACUGGGUCAUAGCAUUGAAAAGUUCUGUGCUGAAGGGAUCCCUCUGCUGGGCAUACUGGUUCAGUCUCGGUAUCUGAGAACAGUAGUCCAUGUACUGGAUAAAGUUUUACCCUUGUUCUAUCCCUGCCAGUAUUACCUUCUGAAGAACGAACAGUUUUUAUCUUCCAUCCAGCUGUUCCUUCACCUGGAUAGUGGAGUUCCACAAGGCAUGACUCAGCAGGUUACGCACAAAGUGACGCAACACUUGACCGGAGCAAGCUAUGGAGAAAAUGUGGAGCUUCUCAACAGCAUGAUCCAGACCCACAUUUUUAUGAGCCGUCAGCCUGAUGGAGUGUGGCCAGCUGCAGUGCUGGAGUUCUGGGUGCAAGUUCUCACUGCUCAACAGCUGUGGCACAGAGAGAGAGCAACGCUCUACCUGCUGGAUCAUCUAUGCAAAGCAGCUUUUCAGCAUAGUCAAGAGGACUGUGUGCAAAAACUGCUCUACCAACAGCAUAAGAAUGCCUUAGGUUAUCACUGUGACAAAGGUCUACUCUCUUCACUGGUCAGCUGGAUUGUGGCAGGAAAUGUGACCCCUUCCUUCAUCGAGGGCAGUGCGAAUUCCACGCAGGUUUGGUUUUCAUGGAUGGUUCUGAAUAUGGAGUCCAUAUUUGAAGAAGAUUCCCAACUUCGCAGAGUUGUGGAGGGUGAAUUGGUCAUCAGCGCUUUAACUCCUGAUCAGGCUCUGAAGAAAGCCCAGGCCCAGCUGAAGCUGCCUAUUGUACCUUCUCUCCAGAGAUUAAUGAUCUACCGUUGGGCUCAUCAGGCCCUUGUUACCCCUGCAGAUCACCCCCUUCUGCCCCUCAUCUGGCAAAAUUUUUUUCUCCUUUACCUUCACCGACCAGGGCCGCAGUAUGGGUUACCUGUAGAUGGCUGUAUUGGAAGAAGAUUUUUCCAGAGUCCAGCUCAUGUUAACCUAUUAAGUGCAAUGAAGCAGCGCUUGAUAGAGGUGGCAGACUUCCACCAUGCAGCUAGUAAAGCGCUUAGAGUAGAGAGUGCUGCAGAUGGCAGUGAAGGCUUGUCACAAAAGGGGACCUGUUCACCAGAUUACCUGACUUCACCAGAACUGCAUAAAGAACUUGUCAGGCUUUUUAAUGUGUUUGUUCUGUGGCUGGAAGAAGAGAGCUUUCAGAAAGGAGAUGCAUACAUUCCGUCUUUACCGAAGCAAUAUGAUGUGUACAGACUUGCUAAGAUCAUGCAAAAUCAGCAGGAUUUGUGGAUGGAAUAUGUCAAUAUUGAACGCAUACAGCAUGAAUUUCAGGAAGCUCUAAAUCUUUGGCUCCAAGUCAAACUUGAAUCCCAUGCAACCCCUAGCACUUCAUCAGUGCAGACAGAUUUCACUAACCCUUUGUCAGCCAAGGAGAGAAUACUGAGUAAUUUGAAGAAGUAUGAUGCACCCAAACCCCCUCUUCCCCUUCAACCAGUGAAACCUCCUGUGCCUGUUAUUUCGUCUGCCAGUCUAGUAAGUCAGAAAGAAGCAACACAGCUUGUGCGCAUGGACCUUAACAACUUGCAGCAACAUGCCAAAACUGCAGCUCGCCGAGAGACCCAGCAGGUCGCUCUUGACAGUGAAAUAUUGGACACCAUGCCCAAACUCUAUAUCAACAGGGAAGAACAGAUUACCCUUGAGCUGAAGUGUCCGGGUACUUCAAAUAAAAGCUGUCAGGGAGCAGCUCUUGUGACAGUCCAGUUUGAAGGGAAGCAUAAAAAUGAAGCAAUAAGCCAGCAGCUUCACGCUCUGCGUAAAGAAGUAAAACUGCUACAAGCCGAAGCCACAAAGCCGCCUUUUCUGACCAUUGUGGAAGCAGCUGUACAUGUGGAAAACUUUAUAACAGCCUUAAUAAAUAUCUACAAGAGGCAGCCUACGUCUAGAAUUCAGAAAGUUGGAAUUAGCUUGUUCUUUGCAGUAAUAGAUUUUGUGUGUGAUGAAACUCAACGCCAUCCACCCACAAGGCAGUUCUUUACCUCCUGCAUCGAGAUCCUCGGCCAAGUAUUUAUCAGCGGGACCAAAUCUGAAUGCAAAUUAGUCCUCCAAACCAUCCUACAGAAUCGAAGACUCUGUAAUCUGCUCUCUCCCUACUUCACUCCAGUUGCCUCACCUGAUGAAUUUGUAAAUUUGUAUGAAAAAGUUGUGGCGUUUCUGAGUGAUGACAACAGUGAUGUUGUUUUCACGUUGCUGACGAAGUUUGACUUCCCACAAUGGCUAAACCUCACUAAGCCUCCUCUGUCUGAACGUACCCGGCUUCUGGAGUCCAUUCACUUGGCACUCAGCGCCUGUGGCCUUGAGCCUGAAGAAGACAUUUUGAUGCCAUUUAAUAUUUUUUGCAAGCACUGGACAUAUCUCCUUCAGUACCAGUUCCCUGACCAUUACAGUGACUUUCUAAGACUGCUCAUGCAAAGUUCUUCAGAGCAACUCCUUAGCCCUGACUGUUGGAAGGCAUUGCUUAAAACUUUGGGUUGCUGUACCUCAGAAACUGAACGAAGGAGCAAGGGUGACUCCACUAAAAGUCCAGUACUGCGAAACUCUGCAAAAAUCCUUCUGUCUGCAGAACAGGUCACAGAGACAAUAGAAUGGCUUUGCAAGUCUUUCUGCAAGCUACGGUUAGCUUCAUUGGAUUUCAGGAGCUUUGGCCUGUUUUCAAAGUGGAGUCCCUACAUGACUGAAGUGAAGACGUUGCUGGAGUACCUCGUGAAACGGCUUAUUGAUUCUGAGGUGGUCAGUUUAGCACAGGAACCAGUUGGCAGCAGCAGAAUUCUAGCAGUGGUGCAGUCCUUGCAUUCAACCAUCACUGAGCUCUUUAAACCAUGGAUUCUGGUUUUAAAUAAAGAUGAUGCCAGUAAACAGCAAUGCUACCCCUGGUUGGAGAGUGACACUCCUGUAGCCUCAAGUAUGGUACAGUUGUUCACAGAUUGCAUAUUGGUUUUACACCAAACCUUUACAGAUAAGUUGUUGCCAGGCCACCGUGGGGCUCUCUGGUUACAUCUGAUGCAUUAUUGUGACUCAUGCACAGCCCCCAAAAUGCCAGAAUUCAUUCUCUAUACUUUCCAUGCUGAAUUCAGCAGACUUCCAUGGAGAGAGAUGCACCCAGAUCAGAUGCUCAUGGAAGAAUUCUUUAAAGUUGAAAGAGGCAGCCCGAAGAGUUGUUUCAUUUUCUUGGGUACUGUUUUAUGUGACGUAAACUGGGUCAGCUUCCUGUCUGAUGCCUGGAAUCCCAAGCCCCGUCCUGAAACGCACAGUAUGAUUGUCUGCUUGCUCUGUAUGGUGGUUCUGUUGGCAAAGGAGGAGCAGCUUAUAAGCAAAGAGGAAUCGCCACUGAUUAACCUCCUUGGACAGACCAGCUCUCUUCCAUGGCAACUUGUGCGCAUUGAAUCUUAUAAAAGCAUCAUCAGCUACUUUAGAAGCCACUAUCCUCCUUCCAUCAUCCUAGCCAAGGAUUCUGCAGCUGAACUGAUAGUGAAACUCUUAAAAGUUUCUGCAGGCUUUGGUGCUUCUUCCGAUAGUCAUGUGCAUCUUGACGCAACACUAAAAUGCCAAGCAUACAUUCACCAGGUGGUUCAGUUUCUCAGCACCCUGGAACAAAAUGGAAAAAUAACCCUUUCGGUAUUGGAACAAGAAAUGUCAAAGCUCUUAGACGAUAUUGUCAUCUUUAACCCUCCAGAUAUGGAUAUGCAAACUCGUCAUAUGGCUCUCAGUAGUCUCUUUUCAGAAGCACUGAUGAUGAUGAAUAAUGCUAGCAUCACAACAGCAGAGUCGCUACGGGGUAGUUUACAAAACUGGAUCAACACCAAAGUGCAUGGCCUGCUAGUGAUGCCCCUGCUAACAGCAGCAUGCCAGAGCCUGGCCUCGGUCAGACAUAUGGCAGAGACUACAGAAGCUUGUAUUACAGCUUACUUUAAUGAAGAAUUUCCUCUCAACCAUGAAUUAGGCUGGGGCCCUAUACUCGCCUCCCUUCAAGUUCCUGAACUCACAAUGGAAGAAUUUCUGCAGGAAUGUUUAUCCUUGGGAAGCUACCUGACCCUUUAUGUCUACAUGCUGCAGCGUUUAAACACUGAGCAGACUCUGACCAAUGAAAUGAAAAUGCUGCUAACUCUUGGCAAAUGGCUAGAGCAAGUGUAUCCAAGCUCGGUGAAGGAAGAGGCAAAGCUGUUUCUUUGGUGGCAUAAAGCCCUGCAGUUAUCCUUACUCCAAACGGAGCAGAAUGACGCCAUCCUGAUUGAAUCAGUCAUCCGGAUAUUGCUCUCAAUACAGGGCAGGCAGAAUCAGCUGGCUGAGGAGAGGUUGAUGUCCGGAAUAUUGGGUGUUAUUGGUCUAGGCAAGAAAUCUCCUUUGUCACCCAGGUUCCGCGUGGUUGCCCGCAGUAUGUCAGCCUUCCUGUCGGUGCAGAUUCCUCAGGAGAAUCAAAUCCGUCUGAAGCCUGGUUCAGAAUUGCAGCUCUCACAGAAAGCCCAGCAGGCACUGAAUACCCUUGAAUCUAUGGCAUCAAACAAACAAUAUAUGGAGUAUCAGGAACAGCUCUCCCAAGCAUCCCAGUUUAUCAAGCACCCAGAUCAUUGUCUUCAAGAUGGAAAUAAUCUCUUGGCUCUCCUUGUGAACACUCUGUACCCAGAAGUGCAUUACUUGGACAUUAUACGAUAG